GUUACAGGAAGAGUUCCAGUCCCAUCACACCAGCCCUGAAACGGUUAUCCUCAAGGAGCAGCCUCCAGCUCGAGGCUGAUGACAAGCAGUGUGUCAGAGCCCGUCCUUCUGUACAACAAGAUGGACAGUGGAGGCCCUUUAGAGACCAACAUGAGAUCUGAAACAAACACCAGCAGCUCCAUGUAUUAUCUAAUGUCAUCUGUCAGCAACAGCAUUUAUCCUGCAGACUCUGCUGAAAUCAAAGUCCAGGGAAACAUCCAGUUUGCUGUGAACUACAUCCAGAAGCUUGGAGAGUUUCAUAUUUUUGUGAUGCACUGCAGAGAUCUGGCCACAGCUGACAGAAAGAAACAUCAUUCUGACCCGUAUGUGAAAUGUUAUCUUCUUCCAGACAAAACAAAUUUGGGAAAGAGAAAAACCAGUGUAAAAAGGAAGACAUUAAACCCCACCUACAAUGAAAUCCUCAGGUUUAAAGUAAUGAUGCGGGUGUUGAAAACUCAGAGUCUGAACAUUUCAGUGUGGCACGACAACAGCUUUGGACAGAGCAGAUUCCUGGGUGAGGUGAACCUGAAUUUGUCGGAGUGGGACUUCAGCAACACACAGAUAAAUGAAUAUGCAUUAAAAACCAGGGUGUCAGCACAAGCCUCAGCACCAGCUCCCUCGUGUCUUAUCGACAGCAGAGCACAGAUGAGAGUCGCUCUGAGAUUCCUGCCGCAGACAUCCCUCAGUAGGAGAACAUCUACGAUGGAAAGCGCUGAGGUGCAGAUUUGGGUGAAAGACUGCAAGAAUCUUCUGCCGGUUAGAGGCCUCAUUAUCGACUCAUUUGUGAAAUGUACUCUACGUCCUGAUACAAGCCAGAGAAGCCAACAGAGAACUCGCGUAGUGACAAGGACAGCCAAUCCCAUGUUUAACCACACCAUGGUGUAUGAUGGCCUCCGACCAGAGGAUCUCAGGGAGGUCUGCAUUGAGAUCACAGUGUGGGAUCAUGACCAACUCGACAAUCACUACAUCGGUGGUCUGAGGCUAGGCCUAGGAACAGGGAAGAGUUACGGUGUGGAAGUGUCUUGGAUGGAUUCAACGACAGAUGAAGCUGAUUUAUGGCAGAGGAUGUUACGCUCUGACAGUGAAUGGGUGGAGGAUGUUUUACCUCUGAGAAUGAUGCUAAAGAGCAUUUCAAAGUGACACUGUAUAAAAUGUAUUGAUUAAUGUGUAGAAACUACACAGCACAGUAUAUACUUUUAGAUGAUCCACAUAUUAUCCAAUGGAAGCAACCAAUAGUGUGUAUGGAGUCAUAUAUGAUGAUGAUCGCUGUAUUUUAAACAUGUACACAGUUCAUAUAAAAUCUAGGUUUUGUUGUCCAAAUCACAUGUUAAAUCAUUAUUUAAUAAGAAAUGCAGAAAGCAGAAAUGAUAAUCUAUGCUCUGACAGGAGUCACAGUAAUUCAUCAAAUUCUCCAUGUGAUGUAAGCACUAAUGAACUGUAUAGUAUGAUUACUACAGCAAGCAAUA